GUCAGCAGUGCUGCUCCCUUCUCUGAGUCAUCAUGCACUGAGCAAAACAAAUCUGCCGUAGCAGCAAAGCUAACAACACCUUCAACACACCAGUGCCUGUUUAUUUGGGCUCACCUAAUACCCAUCUACCUCUGACCUUACUUCAAUACACUGCCAUUGUCUCGCUGCUUGAAGCCAUGGCUGCCAACAGGAACGCUUUGGCUCUUCACAAAGUGAUAAUGGUGGGAAGUGGCGGUGUGGGCAAGUCCGCCUUAACUCUGCAGUUUAUGUAUGACGAGUUUGUGGAGGACUACGAGCCCACUAAAGCUGACAGCUACAGAAAAAAGGUGGUUCUGGAUGGAGAGGAGGUGCAAAUUGACAUCCUGGACACGGCGGGACAGGAGGACUAUGCUGCAAUUCGGGACAACUACUUCCGCAGCGGGGAGGGAUUUCUCUGCGUGUUCUCCAUCACAGAAUCUGAAUCCUUCGCUGCUACAGCAGAUUUCAGAGAACAGAUACUUCGGGUUAAAGAAGAGGAGAAUGUACCUUUCCUUCUGGUGGGAAAUAAAUCAGACUUGGAGGACCGAAGACAAGUUGGUUUGGAGGAGGCCAAGGCCAGAGCGGAGCAGUGGGGAGUCAGCUACGUAGAGACUUCUGCCAAAACCCGUGCCAACGUAGAUAAGGUGUUUUUUGAUCUCAUGCGUGAGAUCAGAGCCAGAAAAAUGGAAGACGGCAAAGAGAAAAAUGGAAAAAAGAAGAGGAAAAGUUUGGCAACGAGGAUUCGAGAAAGAUGUUGCAUUUUAUAAUGACUGGAUCAUGCAAUAUCGCUGACAUCUCUACCCUUUCACUGCUUCCAAAAAACCCAUCAGGUUUCAUCCCUCUUCAGACAAAUGCUGAAGAUCAUCUCCUACAAACACAUCUCUCCAUUUCCUCCGGUUGUUUUUCUCAAUGGGUAUAAAAGGGCAAAACUUCAGAUAUGCAUUAAAUAACAAAUAAUGUCAAAGGUCUGACAUAUCAGAUACAACAUUUCAUUUCCCAACUCUCUGUAAUAGACUGUUAGAUUGUGUUCACUCUUUAGUUGCUUUUAGUUAAAUGUGCUAAACUUUAACACUGUAAGAACAAAAUACUACUCCAAGCUGUUUGCUUUUGAGUUCAUGGUGUGUUGACAUUUAACCUCCUGUUGUUAAACUAACUAAAGUAAAGCCUAAAUAAGAUUAAUCUAAAAUUUAAAGGUAAACUGCACAGAUGCAUUUAGGAUAUCGUUUAAAAGUAUACAUUUCUUCCAAAAAUGGGCACUGAAGCAAAUGCACAAAUUAUUAAAUGAAUUACUAAAUAUUGAUCUUAAUUUAUCACUUUACCAUUUUUAACACUAAAAAUGAUAACUCAUUCCUUCAGCAAUGCUAAAUAUUUUAUAUAUUUCCAAGUUUGUCCUUUUACCAAAACCUUUCCAACAUGCUUAGCUAUAACAUCCUGUUCAUUUCAGAGAAGCUGGCACUUUUAUUUCAGUUGAAUAAUUGUAGUGUAACAGUAUAUAAAACCUGUUUUAAAUGUGAUAUAUUAUGACCCAAUCUCUCCUUGAAUACACAUACAUUAACUAUUUGUAGUCAAAGGGCUUAUUCACUUCUAUUUGUGUGUGGCAGCAGAUUUGGAGUUUUGGUUUUGUGCUAUCUAGGGGUCCCAAAUAACACAUGAAUAUUUCUAAAAAGCGUCAUCUUGCUUGAGUCAAAUGUACUGUGAAAAACAGGUUGGAAUGUUUUAUUACACAGACUGAAUUGUGUACUUUAUUAUAACUUAUUGAAAUUUUAUUGUAACUUAUCCAGUGUAAUUAGAUUUUCUAUUGUACAUUUUAGUUCAUUUAGGGUGAAUGAGGAAAUAAAUACUCUAAAAGGGCUGGAAAGGAUCUGUGUUUCAAACUGCAGGUCUUUGCGGCUACUCUGUGGAUAUGAGAAUACUCACCCUUUUAUGAAUGGUUUUGAAUAAGCACAUCCAUGUGGAAGUAACUGUUGAGCUUGACAGUUUAUUGCCAUAUUAUUCUGGCAUCUACCAAACAAUUUCUCUUUCAUUUUGCAGCUAAAAUGUUUAACUCUGCUGUUUUUAAUCCAAAUAUAUGUUACCUGUGAAAUAUGCAAGAUUUUCCUCUUAUUUUAUCACUAACAGUCAGUUAUCAUCCCUAAAAAGCUGUAUUUGUGUGGUAAGCUAAGCGUGGGGCAAUGAUGCUGAAAUAUCAACAGCUGAUGCCUCAUUACUCUUGACUGACUUUGAGUGCUAAAAAAGCAAGUCAUUUUUAUAUAAACCUCUUUCUUGUACACUUAGUCUAAAUGUCUUCAUUUUAAUCUGUAUUUGGAACGCCUCUUGGCAAACGCUGAGUUUUCAGAUGUUCGAAAGGUGUAAAGCCAAAUUAUAGAAGGAUGUUCAAAAUAUCGAGGAGGCAACAAAUGCUGGGGCCACUGAUGUGAUGUAAUGUAUUAUUACAACAGAUAGUGUGGUGAUACAAGUGUCCAGUGAAAGAUGCAAACUGAACUUCAGUGUAAAAUGUUGUUUCUGUUACAUUAAUAAAAUCUAUUUUUGUAGACCUCUAA